ACCGUAUCGUUCGGCGCGUCCAUACAUCACGAUCAGGUCCGGGAGGGCUCUAACGUGUCGUUCGUGUGUCACGUGACGGCCAAUCCUCCCGUCUCGGAGAUCGGCUGGAAGUACGACCAGAAGGCGCUCACGAAUAACGUCAACAACGUGUUCAUCGCCGACAACACAUUGAUAUUGAAUCAAGUGAUGAGACAGGACUCCGGCAAAUACAGGUGCGUCGCCGCCAACGCCGAGGGCGAGGGCGACAGCGAAGACAUACAACUCAAAGUGCUGUACGCGCCGGUGUGUCGGGCGGACCAGCGGACGAUAUACGGUGUGGCCAAACGUGAGCCAAUCAAAGUGCCUUGCGAUGUGGACGCCGACCCGCCACAAGUGACCUUCCGGUGGAGUUUUAACAAUAGUUUCGAAGUGAUUGCUGUGAAAAACUUUGUCACCUCAAAGACCCGGUCGAUCGCGACGUACGCCCCGCGGACUAAGUACGGCUACGGAGAGCUGUACUGUUGGGCGCGUAAUAAGAUUGGCGAACAAUCGGAGCCCUGUGUGUUCGCAGUGAUACCGGCCGGUCCGCCGCAACCGGUCCGCAACUGUCUGGUCGGCAAUCAAAGUACCGACGGUCUGAUCGCUAAGUGCGAGGCCGGCGAAGACGGCGGUCUCGAGCAGACAUUCUUCCUCGAGAUCUACGAGUCCGAGUCGGGCCAACUCCAGUCCAACUGGACGUCGGCGAAGGCGCCAGUGUUCGAGGUGUCGGGUCUGCCCAUUGCCACCAGUUUUGUGUUAGUGCUGUACGCGGCCAACGCUAAGGGCCGCUCCAAUUAUGUCACACUUACCGGUGCCUCAGCCAAGAGUCCCUUUAAGGACGAGUUCACGUUAGGCGCCCUC